UGUGGGCGGGGCCCGAGCCCGUCCCUAAAGCCACGGGACCGCCCGCUCCGGGGCUGGAGCUGCCGUCCGCUGCGCGCUGCGCCCGGGUUGUCGCCGUCUCCCGUUGCCGCCGUCAUGUCCCAGCAGCUGUCCCGGGCCCGGCCCGCCACGGUGCUGGGCGCCAUGGAGAUGGGGCGCCGCAUGGACGCGCCCACCAGCGCCGCAGCCAUGCGCGCUUUCCUGGACCGCGGCUACACCGAGAUAGACACCGCCUUUGCCUACGGCGACGGCCAGUCCGAGACCAUCCUGGGCGGCCUGGGGCUCGGGCUGGGCGGCGGCGACUGCAGAGUGAAAAUUCAUACCAAGGCCAAUCCACUGUUUGGGAACUCACUGAAGCCUGACAGUCUCCGGUUCCAGCUGGAGACAUCGCUGAAGCGGCUGCAGUGUCCCCGAGUGGACCUCUUCUACCUGCACAUGCCAGACCACAGCACCCCGGUGGAAGAGACACUGCGUGCCUGCCACCAGCUGCACCAGGAGGGCAAGUUCGUGGAGCUUGGCCUCUCCAACUAUGCUGCCUGGGAAGUGGCUGAGAUCUGUACCCUCUGCAAGAGCAACGGCUGGAUCCUGCCCACUGUGUACCAGGGCAUGUACAACGCCAUCACCCGGCAGGUGGAACCGGAGCUCCUCCCCUGCCUCAGGCACUUUGGACUGAGGUUCUAUGCCUACAACCCUCUGGCUGGGGGCCUGCUGACCGGGAGGUACAAGUAUGAGGACAAGGAUGGGAAACAGCCCCUGGGCCGCUUCUUUGGGAAUAGCUGGGCUGAGACCUACAGGAAUCGCUACUGGAAGGAGCAUUACUUCGAGGCCAUUGCCCUGGUGGAGAAGGCCCUGCAGGCCGCGUAUGGCGCCCACGCCCCCAGCAUGACCUCGGCUGCCCUCCGGUGGAUGUAUCACCACUCACAGCUGCAGGGUGCCCACGGGGACGCGGUCAUCCUGGGCAUGUCCAGCCUGGAGCAGCUGGAGCAGAACUUGGCAGCGGCAGAGGAAGGGCCCCUGGAGCCGGCUGUCGUGGACGCCUUUCAUCAAGCCUGGCAUUUGGUUGCCCUCGAAUGUCCCAACUACUUCCGCUAGGCCCACUGUGGCUGAGGCUGCCCCAGGCUUUUCUGUCACCUCCUUUGCUCACACUUUCUCUAAUUUAGAACUGCCUCAAUAAAUUCUUAGGAACAGAACUAUUUGGACAAAAAUCUAACAGUAGAGUCACCACCAAAUGAAGAAUAAAACCUCCCAAGAUGCUG